GCCUGGCCGGGGGCUGCCGCGGCACUCCGGGAGCUGAGGGCUGCCCAGGGCUGGGUGCGCGCACGGGCGCAGCCUGGCACCUGCCUAGGCCUCGCUCAGUUCCACAACCCAGACUUCUGUUCCAGGCUCAGGGCUGAAGUCGUCUCUAGUAAUGCCAGGCCACAGCUCCUGCCAGGGACCCUCAUCUCACCAAGCUCCUUCGAGCAGGCUGCUGGAAGAACAAGGCUGAAGGUCGGGAGGACAAAGAAUGAAGAGCGGCACUGAUCGGGACCCUUAAGACGCCAGUGUGCUCAGCAGUCUCCUGCAGCAAAUGCAGCUGCCAGCGCUGCGCCUGGCCAAUACGUGCAAGGUGGUGGAGGAGCUGGUGGGCAACCUACUCCACACCUGGCAUCUAAUCACCUUGAAGACUGCUCUGCUACGGCUGGAACCGUGCCUUGGGGUGGGCAGCACCUUCGAAGGCUGGAGCCCCCGGCGGGACACCGUCUACAGCCUGCUCGUGCCCCUGAAGCCACCAGCCGGGCACUGCUUCCACCUGGAGCUGGGCACUGGCGGGGAGCUGCCGGAGAGGCAUGGCUGUGUUCGCGUGGAGCUGCAGUGCCUGUGCCGAAGGCAGCAGCUGCUGAGGGACACGCGGUGCUUCCUGCACCAGCCCGAGGCUGAGCUGCGCAGCAACGAGGGCCCCUGCCUGCUGCAGUACCUGUGCACCGACUCCUGCCUGGACGUAGAGAAAUCUGCCCGCUGGCUCCAGCUAGUAGUGCCCGACGCCUGGCAGCUUUUACCCGCAUCCUACCACUGCCAGCUGACGGUGCUGCCCUCCUCGCACUCCUGCAAGGUCCUCAUGGAAAAUGUCUCUGGGAGGUCCAUCGAGAUCUUACUUGGGGUGCAGCAAGGUGACUCGGGAGUUUUCCUGACCAGCCAGGAGGCAAGGGCUGGCCUCACCAGCAGCACAACGUGGCUGGAGAGCUGCACCGUUCCAGAGAUGCUCUUCUUCAGGUUCGUGGCCACGCAGGCCCCGUGGCACAGCUGCCACCUGACAGGCCUGCAGCUCUUUGCCCAUCUCCUGGAGGGCACAGGUUUUUCCACGAACUGCUUGAAAACGGUGCUUAUGCACCUCCUCACAAGUUGGCAUAGAGGGGAUCUCCGGGAGCAGCUGGAUGACGUCCUGCAGUACCUGCAGCACUACUUGGAGGUGCCCAGGGAGGUCCUCCAGCCCCUGGUCUUCCAAAUUGCCAGCCUGCUCAACCUCUUCCAUAGUCUUGGAAGCCAUAAUUAAGGUGGGUGGGAGAUGUUGCAUGUGUAGUUUAAGCUUUGUAGUGCAUCUGUACUUUGAGCCAUGGCCAGGGAGAUCUGGCCAGGCAGCAGCAGAUGCAGCAGGGUGAGGAGCAGCUGAGGCAGGAGAUGGCUCAGCUGCAGUAGGAGUCCGUGCACAUGAUCCAAGAGCUGAGCAGGCUUGCCAAGAAUGAAGUGGUCUUCACUGUGUGGGAUAGGUGGCACUUCAGGGCCUUUGCUGGAGCCCUUGUGCUGCUCU